CAUCUCUCCUGCAUUCUCCUUCCUUUAUCUUUACUGCAGACAAGAUCACCGUGUUUAUGAGAUGGCAGCCUUUCUGCGGUUGCUUGCCCUUGGACUGCUUCUUGCAGAGCCUUCAGAAAGCAGAAUGAAGGGGACCCCAGAACACCUUUCACAGGAAGAGAUGCAACUUGCUGCAGAACAGACUCUAGAGGAAUCCGCAAACUCGACCGUGUCAGACAAAACUACCGGCCUCAGCACAUCCAAACCCGCGAUGUCUGCCCCACCCCUGACACCCAGAAGGCUACCCUUUGUCAUCCCCAAGGGAAAUACUAUGAGAGAUGGCGGGAACUGUGCAAACAGCCUGAGAGUCUGGAGAACCGAGGUAGACGUGAAUGAGUCCUGUCAGUUGGACAAUAACUUUAUACAUGGCUCCACGGAUGUGAGCCAUGGGAUUCCCAAGGCCGCCAGCGGGAGGUGUGAACAAGCGCCUAACCCAAGCAGUUGUGGGAGCCUAGGACUGGAGCGUACCGCGUGCAAGGUCCUUGCAGGCCACCUCAGGUCCCAUGAGCACAGCAUCACGACAUUAAAGAAAAUCCUGACAGUGCUGGCAAGCAAUUCUCUGAUGAGCUGGUUAGUUAGUGGCUGUAAACUGUAAGUCCCAGGCUUUGGGACUAAAGAAGAACAAGUUCAUGGCCAUUGUUGCUUCUCUCC